AUGGGCAUGUACUAUCUGGGCCAAUUUGUUACUCUCGGUCCCCCCCGCUCUCUCUCUGGUUAUGUAUCGGUCGGGGAUCUAGCAUCGGGCGUACCUUACGCCCGGUUGAAUGUUUACAGAAGCAAACUGGGUACCACCACGGCUGACGUGGAUGAGCUACCGCAGUGA